UUUUGCUUUAUAAUGGCGUGAAAUGUAUAUAUUUUUAUAUUUAUCGUUCCCUCAAUAGAAAAACAAAUAGGGCUCCUCAGAAAAAUGAAAAUUUGAAUGGGAACACCUGAUGAAAUAAAUAAAGCUGUAUGUUUUUCUAUUUCUUUAAAAUCAAAUUAAAAUUAUAUUGUAAUCACACUCUUCUGCAGUGUAAUAAGCCUGUCAGCAGGCUUUCUCGGUGCUCUGCUUUAGACCCUCCAGCCUGGAUCAUCCAGUUCGGCGGUUCGGCCACUAGUCGGCCGGCGGUGCAGCCACUCUGUCCGGCUCAGCGCCGCUCUGUGUGGGAAGUGAGCGGGCAUUCAGAGAGGAUGCUGAGGCCUGCCAGUCCCGCCACACACCCGUCGCUAACCCGGGGCUUCUAGGGUGGUCCGGGCUAUGGCUGCACCCAUCGCACAUUUCGACGACGACUGGCCGGUUCUGGGUGAGCUGAGCAUGGUUGCGGACCAGAGGCUGCUGCUGCUGCUGCCGCGGAAAGGCCGCGUGUCCGCCGCGGGGGAAGCGGCAGCGGCGCCGCAGCUCCUCCCGGACGAGGAUGGGGAUAUCCCCGAGCUGUACGACAGCAGCUGCUCCCCGGGGGACGCCGGUGCUUUCAGGUCCAUGGAGGACCUGGUCAACGAUUUCGACGAGAAGUUAUCCGCGUGCUUCCGAAAUUUUGACGCCAGGACGGACAGCAUCGCUCCCGUGAGUGAGAUCACCGAGGAGUCGCUGCUGGACAGAGACGAGAUCUGGAACACUCUGACCAGUAACUACGGGCGCGUGAUGCCAGUGGACUGGAAACAGUCACGAACGCGCUCCCUCCACGCACCCACGUUCAACCUGCAGGAGAAGCCCAGGAAGAGUGAUGUCACGGCAGAGCUGUCGGACGACGAGGAGCUGAGGGAGCAGCUGGACAUGCACUCCAUCAUCGUCUCCUGCCUCGCCGAGGAGCCGCUUUUCACAGCAGAGCAGGUUAUCGAGGAGAUCGAGGAGAUGAUGCAGGACUCUCCUGACGUGGAGGCGAAGCACAACCCCUCUCAGUCGGACCUGUCGAUGAUCUCCCUGGACGUCCAGCGGGCCACCAGCAGCCCCAGCUUUGAGAGGAGGGUGCGGACGCUGACCGUCGCGGAGCUGAACGAGCGUCUGGAGGAGACGGAGACGAACAUCAGGAGGUUCUCGGAGGAGCUGGUGCAGCAGCUGGCUCUCAGAGAUGAGCUGGAAUUUGAGAAAGAGGUGAAGAACAGCUUCAUCUCGGCGCUCAUCGACGUGCAGAACAGACAAAAGGAGCACCGGGAGCUGCUGAAGAAGAAGAAGAAGCUCAAAGGCGGUGCCGGGCCGUCGCAGGAGAAAACGCUGGGAUCACGCUUCAGCGUGGAGGGAUUCUCCUCUGUCAUUCAGAACAGCUUCCGCCAAACCUUUGGGAGCGGGUGCAGUGAAAGACAGUAUUUGACCACGGUCAUCCCGUAUGAGAAAAAGGGACAUCCUCCUUCGCUCGAGGACCUCCAGAUCCUCACUAAGAUUCUUCAGGCUAUGAGAGACGACAGUGACAAGGUGCCCGGUCUCUUGACAGAUUACAUUCUCAAAGUGCUUUGCCCAACGUAGAGCAGGGAGACGGUGCCUGACGCUCAGCAGAGGCUUCAGAUUGAAGAAGAAGAGGAGUCAUUGUGUUUUUUUUUGUUUCGGCAGACAUGAAGCACACUUAAUUUAUUCCUGCAUGUUUUUUUUACGUCAAAAUGUGUCUUUUCUUUUGUCCCUCUCUUGAUUUUUGUUGUACUGAUUUUGUGUUGAGCGUUGUGAUUUUGCAAAUCUCGUGUGUCCCUGUGAAUUUUUGACUUCUCUCCUCCGUUUUUUUUAUUUAUUUAUUUAUUUAUUUUUAUUGUCUCGCACUAUGAAAGAGUAUCCGAAGAAUGGUAACUUACACGAGAAAUAUACCCAGGUAGAUAUACCAGCAUAGCAGCCGCGCUGUUGGGCUUAAGGGCAGAGCUACAACGCAAAGGGCUUUGUCAACUAUAUCCACCGAGCAACGAACAGAUGCACAACGCACGCCGAAGAGUUAUAAAACAGGAGAGCAUCGAGACUGUAAAGCAGAAACAGAAGAGGGGGAAAUCAAUGAGUGUUGCAGCAGCACGAGAGACAGAGACAAGUGCAGGAAACACAUACAAAGACACACACAGGUAAUAAUAACAAAUACACGAGUUAGUUAACUUGUGCGUCGACAUAAUCCAAGUGCAAAACCAUCAUGUGAUUCAACACAGCCUUCCGUGUAGCAGCAGAACAAUACAGACAUUAUCAUUAGCAUUAUUAUUCUUCUUCUCUGGAAGAUGACGCGUUGAUCGCUGAGGUGACGAAGUCAGGACUGAAAUCAACUAAUCAAUUAACUAACUAUGCAUUCGAGUGAACCCUGAGUCGUGACCCGUGCACUGUCUGUACCUUGGCGACGCUGACUGCAGCUCUGAGUCAGAGACUGGAGCGUCGACGCCAUGCCUGCCGCGCUCAGGGCAGCCGACACCACGAGUGGGUUGUUGUUCUCCGUGUAUUCUUGUAUACGAACAAGCUGCCUUUGCCUGAACUUUUGUACAUUAUAAAGGAGUUAUUUUCAAUGAAUGAAUGUCAAAACUGCUGGGAAACUUACAGAACCUGCUUCACUGUUAAUUUAUUUUGUAAAUAUUUCAAAUAUAUUGACAAAACCACA